UCAGUUCGGCCGGCAGACAGUUUUUGCGCCCCGUACCCUGCGCCUGGAAGCGAACCCCGCCAGUCCCGCUCGGGGUCCCGCUCGGAGCGCGGCGGCGCGGCUGCCUGCUGGCAACCUCAGCCCGGCCUUCUGCUCCCCCGCCGCGUGGGACGUCUAAAUAAUAAAACCGAAAGGGAGGGAGGCACGGAGGAGGGAGCCCAACGGGAGAUGGGGAGCGCAUGAGCCAGCGCGGAGCGAGGUUUCUCCUUGUAUGGGUCACUGAUUGAAUAACAUAGAUGGCUUUACCUCGUCUCACAGUAGCCUUGCGUUCCUUUUCAAAUGUCACCAAGCAAGAUAAUUACAAUGAAGAUGUGGCUGACUUAAAGGUGAAGAGAUCUAAAAUUCAUGAACAAACUGUAGGUUUGGACCAAACAUGGAAGAAGAUAGUAAAAUUUUUGAAUGAAAAACUGGAGAAGAGUGAAAUGCAAAAUGUAAAUGAAGACUUAAAAGAUAUAUUGCAGGCUGCAAAACAAAUAGUUGGAAUGGAUAAUGGGAUAGAAGCAAUCGAAAGUGCAGCUGCAUUUCUCUUCAAGACAUUUCACUUGACGGACUGUGUUGGCCACAAGGAGACAAAGGCUAUCAAACAGAUGUUUGGUCCUUUUCCUUCAUCAUCUGCCACUGCUGCUUGUAAUGCUACUAAUAGAAUUACUUCUCGUUUUCAUCAAGACAGUAUUACUGCUCUUGUCCAGAUGACUGAAGAAGAAUAUGGUGGUGAGAGAGUUUUCUUUGGUAAAAACUUAGUAUUUUCAUUUGACAUGCAUGAUUUGGACCACUUUGAUGAACUGCCAAUAAAUGGUGAAUCCCAGAAAACUAUCAGCCUAGAUUACAAGAAGUUUCUGAGUGAACAUUUUCAGGAGCAUUCUACCCCAGAUCUUAAGCCUGUGGAAAGAACAAAUGACUCCUUUUUGUGGAGUGAAGUUGAAAAGUACUUAAAUGCAGCGUUAAAUGAAAUGGCUGAAGCAACAAGAAUAGAAGAUCUUUGCUGUACUUUAUAUGAUAUGCUUGCUUCUGUUAAAAGUGGUGAUGAACUUCAGAAUGAGCUGUUUGAACUGCUAGGACCUGAUGGAUUUGAACUUAUUGAGAAGCUCCUCCAGAACAGAAUUACAAUUGUGGAUAAAUUUCUUAAUUCUUCAAAUGAUCAUAAGUUCCAGGCUCUUCAUGACAAUUGCAAAAAAAUUUUAGGAGAAAAUGCUAAGCCUAAUUAUGGUUGUCAAGUCACUAUUCAGUCUGAACAAGAAAAACAGUUAAUGAAACAAUAUCGCCGUGAAGAAAAAAGAAUUGCCAGACGAGAAAAAAAGAUUGGAGAAGAUGGAGAAGUUUCUGAAGGACUGACUUGCUUUGACCCAAAGGAACUGCGGAUACAAAGAGAGCAGGCACUUCUGAAUGCUAGAAAUGUUCCAAUUCUGAGCAGGCAUAGAGACAUGGAUUCUGAAAAAAUACGUUAUCCUCAUGUUUAUGACUCCCAGGCUGAAGCCAUGAAAACAUCGGCAUUCAUUGCUGGUGCAAAGAUGAUUUUACCAGAAGGAAUACAAAGAGACAAUAACAAGAUAUAUGAGGAAAUAAAGAUUCCCCACAGUGAACCAAUGCCACUUGGCUUUGAAGAAAAACCAGUGUACAUCCAAGAUUUAGAUGAGGUUGGGCAGCUGGCUUUUAAAGGAAUGAAGAGACUCAAUAGAAUUCAGUCAAUUGUAUUUGAAACUGCCUACAACACCAAUGAGAACAUGCUCAUCUGUGCCCCUACUGGAGCUGGAAAGACCAAUAUUGCAAUGCUUACAGUUUUGCAUGAAAUCCGCCAACAUUUUCAACAAGGUGUUAUCAAAAAGAAUGAAUUUAAGAUUGUAUAUGUUGCUCCAAUGAAAGCCUUGGCAGCUGAAAUGACAAAUUAUUUCAGCAAACGUCUAGAACCACUGGGCAUCAUUGUGAAAGAACUGACUGGUGAUAUGCAAUUGUCAAAAAGUGAAAUUUUACGAACUCAGAUGCUUGUGACUACACCAGAAAAAUGGGAUGUAGUGACAAGAAAGAGUGUUGGGGAUGUAGCUCUUUCUCAAAUUGUCAAGCUCCUUAUUCUUGAUGAAGUUCAUUUACUGCAUGAAGAUAGAGGACCAGUAUUAGAAAGUAUAGUGGCACGGACUCUGCGACAGGUUGAAUCCACUCAGAGUAUGAUAAGGAUUCUUGGACUCUCUGCCACCUUACCCAAUUAUCUGGACGUUGCUACAUUUCUACAUGUUAAUCCCUAUAUUGGACUUUUCUUCUUUGAUGGCCGCUUUCGACCAGUUCCCCUUGGACAGACAUUUUUGGGAGUUAAAAGUGCAAAUAAGGUGCAACAAUUAAAUAACAUGGAUGAAGUAUGCUAUGAAAGUGUUUUGAAGCAAGUAAAGGCUGGACACCAGGUGAUGGUGUUUGUACAUGCUCGAAAUGCCACUGUAAGAACAGCUAAGUCUCUAAUAGAAAGAGCAAAAAAUAAUGGUCAAAUUUUGUGCUUUUUACCUACACAAGGACCUGACUAUGGACAUGCAGAAAAACAGGUGCAAAAGUCAAGAAAUAAGCAAGUAAAAGAAUUAUUCCCAGAUGGUUUUAGUAUUCAUCAUGCAGGAAUGCUUCGGCAGGACAGAAAUUUGGUUGAAAAUUUGUUUUCUAAUGGGCAUAUCAAAGUCCUUGUCUGUACAGCUACUUUAGCCUGGGGUGUCAAUCUUCCUGCUCAUGCUGUUAUUAUUAAGGGAACACAAAUCUAUGCCGCAAAGAGAGGUUCCUUUGUUGACCUUGGAAUUUUAGAUGUCAUGCAGAUAUUUGGUCGAGCUGGAAGACCACAAUUUGACACAUUUGGGGAAGGAAUCAUCAUAACAACACAUGAUAAACUCAGCCACUACCUCACUUUGCUCACUCAACAAAAUCCAAUUGAGAGUCAAUUUCUGGAAAGCCUUGCAGAUAACCUAAAUGCAGAGAUUGCUCUGGGAACAGUUACUAAUGUGGAAGAAGCAGUGAAGUGGAUAAGUUACACAUAUCUUUAUGUACGGAUGAGAGCAAAUCCAUUAGUAUAUGGCAUCAGUCACAAGGCUUAUCAGAUGGACCCAGCAUUAGCAAAACAUCGAGAACAGCUGGUUAUUGAAGUUGGACGAAAAUUAGACAAAGCUCGGAUGAUUCGUUUUGAGGAGAGAACUGGAUAUUUUUCCUCAACCGAUUUGGGUAGAACUGCCAGCCACUACUAUAUUAAAUACAACACCAUUGAGACCUUCAAUGAACUAUUUGAUGCUCACAAAACAGAGAGUGAUAUUCUUGCUAUAGUCUCCAAAGCUGAAGAAUUUGAUCAGAUCAAGGUCAGAGAAGAGGAAAUAGAGGAGUUAGAUGCCUUAUUAAACAAUUUCUGUGAGCUCUCGGCUCCUGGAGGUGUUGAGAACAGUUAUGGGAAAAUAAAUAUCCUACUACAAACUUAUAUCAGUCGAGGAGAGAUGGACAGUUUUUCCCUUAUAUCAGAUUCGGCAUAUGUUGCACAGAAUGCAGCUAGAAUUGUCCGUGCUCUUUUUGAAAUUGCUCUGAGGAAACGUUGGCCUGCCAUGACCUACAAGCUCCUGAAUCUUAGUAAAGUUAUCGACAAGAGGCUCUGGGGUUGGGCUAGCCCUUUGAGGCAAUUUUCAACCUUACCACCACACAUUCUAACAAGAUUAGAGGAAAAAAAUCUUAGUGUGGACAAGCUGAAAGACAUGAGGAAAGAUGAAAUAGGUCACAUGCUGCAUCAUGUGAAUAUUGGACUCAAGGUCAAACAAUGCGUUCAUCAGAUUCCCUCUGUAACAAUGGAAGCAUCCAUUCAGCCCAUCACGCGGACUGUCCUCCGAGUGACACUCAGCGUCUGUCCUGAUUUCAGUUGGAACGAUCAGGUUCAUGGGACAGUAGGUGAACCCUGGUGGAUUUGGGUAGAAGAUCCUACAAAUGACCAUAUAUAUCAUUCAGAGUACUUUCUAGUUCUGAAAAAACAGGUCAUUAGUAAAGAAAAACAAAUGCUGGUGUUUACAAUUCCUAUUUUUGAGCCUUUGCCUUCCCAAUACUACAUUCGAGCAGUGUCUGAUAGAUGGCUAGGAGCUGAAGCUGUAUGUAUCAUCAACUUUCAACAUCUGAUUCUACCAGAGAGACAUCCUCCCCAUACAGAAUUACUGGACCUUCAGCCUUUACCAGUCACAGCUCUGGGAUGUGAAGCAUAUGAAGCACUAUACAACUUCAGCCACUUUAACCCUGUGCAGACACAAAUCUUUCAUACACUGUAUCACACAGACUGUAAUGUCCUACUUGGAGCACCCACUGGAUCAGGAAAGACUGUUGCAGCUGAAUUAGCUAUUUUCAGAGUCUUCAACAAGUACCCUACUUCAAAGGCAGUAUAUAUUGCACCCCUAAAAGCCUUAGUACGUGAAAGAAUGGAUGAUUGGAAAAUUAGAAUUGAAGAAAAACUUGGUAAAAAAGUUAUUGAACUAACAGGUGAUGUGACCCCUGACAUGAAAUCCAUUGCCAAGGCCGACCUUAUCGUCACCACACCAGAGAAGUGGGAUGGAGUCAGUAGAAGCUGGCAAAAUCGGAACUAUGUAAAGCAAGUCACUAUUCUCAUCAUAGAUGAGAUCCAUCUGCUUGGAGAGGAAAGAGGCCCUGUUCUAGAAGUUAUUGUAUCUCGAACAAAUUUCAUCUCAUCACACACAGAAAAGUCUGUUAGAAUAGUUGGACUAUCUACUGCUUUAGCUAAUGCUAGAGACCUUGCUGACUGGCUCAAUAUUAAUCAGAUGGGCUUGUUCAACUUCCGACCAUCUGUACGUCCAGUUCCACUAGAAGUUCACAUUCAUGGCUUCCCAGGUCAACAUUACUGUCCUCGUAUGGCUAGUAUGAAUAAGCCUGCAUUUCAGGCAAUUAGAAUCCAUUCUCCAGCCAAACCUGUUUUGAUAUUUGUCUCAUCAAGGCGUCAAACUCGUCUUACUGCUUUGGAAUUGAUAGCCUUUCUGGCUACUGAAGAAGAUCCAAAGCAGUGGCUGAAUAUGGAUGAAGGAGAGAUGGAGAACAUCAUUGGAACACUAAGAGAUUCCAACCUAAAGCUGACACUUGCUUUUGGAAUAGGAAUGCACCAUGCUGGACUUCAUGAAAGGGACCGAAAAACAGUAGAGGAAUUAUUUGUAAACUGUAAAGUUCAGGUUCUAAUUGCUACAAGCACAUUAGCCUGGGGUGUAAACUUUCCAGCUCAUUUAGUAAUUAUUAAAGGAACAGAAUAUUAUGAUGGAAAAACAAGACGUUAUGUGGAUUUUCCCAUUACAGAUGUACUCCAGAUGAUGGGGCGUGCUGGGAGGCCUCAGUUUGAUGACCAAGGCAAAGCUGUAAUUCUGGUUCAUGACAUAAAGAAAGACUUUUACAAAAAAUUUCUUUAUGAACCUUUCCCUGUAGAAUCAAGCCUUUUGGGAGUACUCUCUGAUCAUUUAAAUGCAGAGAUUGCUGGUGGCACAAUAACAUCUAAGCAAGAUGCAAUGGAUUAUAUCACCUGGACUUACUUUUUCCGACGACUUAUCAUGAACCCCAGCUACUACAAUUUGAGUGAUGUGAGCCAUGAUUCUGUGAACAAGUUUCUGUCCCAUCUGGUCGAAAAGUCCCUGGUUGAACUGGAAUAUUCCUACUGUAUUGAAAUCGGAGAGGAUAAUCGGAGUAUUGAACCUCUGACAUAUGGCCGAAUUGCCUCUUAUUACUACCUGAAGCACCAAACAGUUAAAAUGUUCAAGGAGCGUUUGAAACCUGAAUGCAGUACUGAAGAAUUGCUUUCAAUUCUGAGUGAUGCAGAAGAAUAUACAGAUUUGCCAGUAAGACACAAUGAAGAUCAUAUGAAUAGUGAGCUGGCAAAAUGUCUUCCCUUGGAGUCCAAUCCUCAUUCAUAUGACAGCCCUCACACCAAAGCGCAUCUCCUCCUGCAGGCGCAUCUCAGCCGUACCAUGCUGCCCUGCCCGGAUUAUGACACUGAUACCAAAACAGUUUUAGACCAAGCUCUCAGAGUAUGUCAGGCAAUGCUGGAUGUGGCUGCAAACCAGGGCUGGCUGGUGACUGCCCUGAAUAUCACCAAUCUAGUUCAGAUGGUGAUCCAGGGCCGGUGGUUAAAAGACUCUUCUCUUCUCACCGUACCAAACAUAGAACACCAUCACCUUCACAUUUUCAGGAAAUGGAACCCAGGUCUAAAGGGCCCACGUGCUGGGGCUCACAGCUGCAUGGAAUGCCUUCCUGAGCUGAUCCACGCCUGUGGAGGGAAGGAGCAUGUGUUCAGCUCCAUGAUAGGAAACGAGCUUCCGGCCACAAAAAUGAAGCAGGCAUGGAAUUUCAUAUCUCACUUGCCUGUGAUAGAUGUUGGCUUGAGUGUUAAAGGCUGGUGGGAUGACUCAGUUGAAGGACAUAACGAACUGUCUAUCACAACUGUGACUUCAGACAAACGAAAUGACAACAGAUGGAUCAAAUUGCAUGCUGAUCAAGAGUAUGUGCUUCAAGUCCACUUGCAGAGAGUCCACACUGGGUUCCAAAAGGGAAAGCAGGACAGCCAUGCUGUUGCCCCUCGAUUUCCCAAGUUUAAAGAUGAAGGAUGGUUUUUGAUCUUAGGAGAAGUGGAUAAGAGAGAACUUAUUGCUUUGAAAAGAGUAGGAUAUGUUCGGAAUCAUCAUGUUGUUUCCAUCUCUUUUUAUACCCCUGAGGCACCUGGGAGGUAUAUCUACACACUGUAUUUCAUGAGUGACUGCUAUCUUGGCCUGGACCAACAGUAUGACAUCCAUCUCAAUGUCACCCCAGCCAGCGUUUCUGCACAUAUCAACGAGGAGUUCUCUGAUGACUUGACUGACCUAAAAGUGAAGUAAACGGACCCAAACAAGCCAUUUGAAAGAAGUGGUAAAGCAGUGAAGCUGUUCAGUCUUCUAGACAAAGUUAUUACUUUGGUGUUUGCCUUGGUGAAAUCUACUUCUACCCUUAAGACACUCAGAAGAUUGAUUCCACCAACACAAGUUAGCUGCAGAGGCUUUUAACAAAUGUUGCCUUUUAUAAUAUUAUCUUCAAGGGUUUCUUGAUAAUAAUUAAGCAUAUAGGAGGGUCAGCUAAUUCGUGUAAUUCAAGAUGAUAUAUAGGAAUUAUCAAUAAAAUUCUACAUCUCACAAUAUUCUGUUUACAAAGAAUAUUGAGGGGUUUUUGUGUGUGUGUUGUUUUUUUCUAAGAUUUAUUUAUACAUACAAGAGCUGGGGUACAGGCCAGAGGUGUGGGGGGUGAGAGGACUCACCAGAGGCAGAGUGGGGAACAAAACAGACAGACUGACCGAAGUACACUGCUGAGGGGAGCAGCAGGCGAGUCAGGAGAGGUCUGCUGCGCCAUGUGGGUUACUCCCUGGCUGGCCAGGAAUUGAACUCUUGCUGCAGUGGCUGCGGAUAGCUUCAUAGGUUGCGUCUUAACCCUUGCGCCACCAGGGAGGCCCCUGUGUGUGUUUUUUGUUUUGUUUUGUUUUGUUUUUAAGGAAAUAUACACUAAGUGCUGACAGUGUUAGGAUUUGUUGUAACAGAUUUCUAGACCUGCAGCAUUAGAUACAUAAGAUAAAAUAGAAGGUCAUUGUGUGUCUUGUUAGCAAAUUUAUACUUUGAUCACAUAUAGAUUCAAGAAUACCUUACCAUUAUAAAUGUUAAUAAUAAAUGAAAUAAAAUCACGUGGAGCCCAGUGAUGACAAAAAAAAAGAACAGAAUAUACUGAUCUUAGAAAAUGUAGAUACUGUAACUGGUGGAAAUAAAAUACUUAGAGUGCCUCUUCAGGAUAAGCUGACUCAGUUGUUUCUCCUGCUUCCUUUUCAUUAUAUCCCCUCUUCCUUUUUUUUUUUCCUUCUUCCACCCCCUUCUACUCUAAGACAUAUUUAUUUAUAUAAAGAGAGAAAUACUACUUUCUGUUGUUACAUAUAGUACAGCCCCGUAUAGUAUAAUUCUUUGUCUUUAUGUUCUCAAAACUUGUCUGAGGCAAAUAUAGAAAAUUUUUGACCCUUACAGGUAGAAUUUUACCUGUGAUAAAGGAAAUUUCUCUAUGUCCAAAUAAUUUUCAUGUUGAAAAGUAUUUUUCAAGCUAGAAAGUAAUUAGAAUGCACUGUCCAUUUUAUUCCAGUGCAGUGAAAUUCUAUCUUUGCAAAGGAAUGUCAGUUAUUCCUGGUCCUAUGGUGAAUUAUUUUAAAGUACUUUCCAGUAUAACUACCACAAGUACUACAAUUUAAAAGUUUCUAUGAAACUGAUACAUAUUGCUUGUGUGCACAUGCUUUUUCUCGCUAGAAAUUUAAAAAAGAAGAAAAAGUAGGAUAGGGAGAACCAGGCACUCACUUCCCAAAGUUAAAUCUGAAGAACGAAUGUGAGCACACCUAGUACCUGGGCCCAAGGUGUCAGAAGGACAGUCUCAGAAGCUUACUUCACGUAGUGUGCUCUGCUUUUCCUUUAGUAACUUAUAUCCUAAUUGAAAUUCAUACCUUAACCAUCACUUUAGUGAAAUUAAAAGAAAAUGAAGAUUAUAGACAAAUGAUCAUCUGUCCAUACAGGAGCCUGAGGAGAAACAGUCUCAUUUUCAUGUUUCUGCCUCAUAUCUUUUCAUUAGAGAGCAGGCGGGCACGGACUGGUGUAAGAGCUCCUUCACUGGGUACAGGACACAGGACUCAGGGGCAAUAAGGAAGAAUUGUUCUAUCCACCAGGUCUAGGGAAAACAAUAUGACUAAUUAAAAGUGAUUAGUUCAGAAUAAGCUGCAGAGGACCCUGAUAAGGCAAGGUGCACUUUGAUGGAAAAGUUAAUCUUACUCCAAUGAGUAACCAAUGCUCUUUACCUACGACUUUGUCCUCACCUAUUAACCAGCAUGUUAUUGUUAAGAGUGCAUUAUAACAGGACAUGUGCCAACAAAAUCAGAUUGAUACUACUCUUUUCAGAGCUAUCAAUCAUUAACUUCCCAUUUAGUGGCCAAGAACUUCACCAAUAUUUCAAAUUAUUGUAAAUCCUGAUGAAAGAGAACUUCUUUAUCCUCCUAAAAUUUCUGAAGGGAAAUUGUUUUUCUUGGGGAGAAAAGUUAUAAUAAAAGAUUUCAUUGGGCUGAAUUAAUGUGUUCUCAACUGGAACACCCAUAGCAUCUCAAACCACACACUUCAGGGCUGGCUAUUCUGUGGUGCAACUCUGAUUUCAUGCUGUGUCAUUUCACGUCCUUCUGGAUAUUAUAUAAUUAAAGCGCCAGGUAUUUGUCCUAGGUUACUAUAUUGAGUGCUCUGACAGCCACGUGAAUCAGAGAUAUCCUGCUCUCAAACAAGGCAGACUAGUUAUGAAAAGGAGAUGGACAUAAUUAUAAUAAAGAAAUCACAUUUACUAGUAGAAGUGCAGAGGAAUGCUAUGGGAGUUGAGCUGUGAGAUAUUAGAAAAAUCAUGAAGGGACAUUUUGUCUGAAUUUUGAAGAUGGUUAGAAUUAUGAGCAUUCCCUGUAGAACAGCAUCCACAAAUCUCUGAGAGAGCCUUACCCGAGUGCCAGGUAGGUCUUUUUCAGAGACAUGAAAGGGAUUAACAGGCCAGAAGAAUGGAAAGUAUAUGAAGUGACCUUGAAUUAGGUAAGGACUGCAAACUUACAUGUAUGCAAUGGGAAUCCUUGGCAGGCCGCCAGAAAAGAUCAUGACAACAUUCUGAAACCAGAACAGAGAACAGGGAGAGAGGAGAUAGCCAAGAGUCCGGGAGGGCACACAUCCAUGCCUGAGUGGGUAAUGGAUACUAAGUGUUAAGGCAGGGACUGGAGAUCCUAGUGAAAAGUCCUGGUUUUGUGGCUAAGUGGGGUCAUUAAUGAUUGUUACGAUUUCAGUAAAAUAAGGAAGGGAAAGUUUAAGUUGCAGGACCUGAGUGGGCAAUGAGAAAAGAGAAGCAGUGAACUAUGCAGACUUUUUCAUUUAAGGUCUAAUUUGAUGGAGCGUAUGAUGAUAGAAUAAACACUACUUGGUAAGAAUCAGAAAGUCUCUGUCUCCUGGCUACUUCCUGAAAGUGUGUAGUCAUCCUCCAAAUAAAGAAUGCAGUUGACUUUCAAAUAAGCUCUUCUAAUGAUACUGCAAAAAUGGAAUAAUUAUGGAUUCCAGGACUCUGCAUCUUUACCUGUGUUACCUGUGUUAGCUGGGUGUUAUCAGAAAAUAUGCUCUAUUUCCCUGUUAAAGUAGUUUCACCAAAGAUGUCUAAGGAAUAGGUAUAGAUUUUAAAAACUGGGUUUACUGUAUCAAGAAAAGCAGUUUUAUUUUUUUGGUUUUGCUUUUUUUUUCCCAGUGAAUUUCUUACUCGUGUGUUAUUGAUUAUCCCAUUACAUAUUGGAACUUUUAGUAUCAUAUCUGGUCAACUCUUCUGUUCCCAUUUCCUCACCUAUAAAAUAGUGGUAACUCCUACCCAAGCUACUUCUCAGCAUAAUUGGUUCCAUCAGGAUAAAAAGGGAAAUGAACAUAAUUGCUAUAUACAUAGUGCCUGGCAUAGCAAAUGUUUUAUCAAUAUUGUUGAAUUAAUCAUUUAUGUGAAAAUGCUUAGAAAAUUAUAAAAAAAAAAAAAACAUGAAGGGUAAAUAAAAUGUAAAGUCCAAGGUGAUAUAUUGUAAAUAAACUCAUUCAGGGUUGAUUUUUUCAGCAGGUCAGGAGGCUCUGAGCCCAGCCUGCCAUAGCUACGCCCAUCAAAAACAAUAAAGUCUUUUUGCCCAGAGAUUCACUUGUGUCCAUUCCUUUGUGCUACAUUAUCUCCACCUCUCCAAA